AUGAGUUUCGCCUGCAUCUCGAAUCUGCGACGCCAUCGAAAGCAGGUGCACCCUUCCAGCCCAAUCCCAGUCACCGAUGGCACGGACGGAAGUGAAGCCACCGUGGUCACACUGGACGACAAAAAGCCUACGCUGUCAAGAAUCGCUGUGGCCACCCCAGAUCCUAGUGGAUCCACAGUUACACUGGAUUCCGCAGCAGCCGCGGCCGCUGCAUCCUCCCUGCUUUCCUCAUCUAAUCUGGGUUCGGGGACUGAUGCACCACCGGUUGCGCUGGCUGCUGCGGCAGCCAUGUCCGGGACUUUACUCACGGCAACCGGAGCCGCAUUGGUCCCCGCCAAUCUCUUACCCACCUCCUCCUCCGGUAUCCCCAGUCUUAUUCUGACUUCGGGACCGCCGGGUGCUACCAUUUUGGCUGCUGCGCCUGCUCACUUCUCUGAUCAACAUUCCCAACUACAGCCCACGCUGAUUGCUACUUCGAAUGCGGACUCAUUGCGACAGACCGCGGUCACAUUCAUCACUUCCACCGGAGAGCUAGAUCGGUCGUGCGCUGGACUCACUGGAGCCACUCUAACCACGGCUGGACCCGAAGGCGGACUGCUCGUGAAUUCGUCCAGUGGCGAGACUGUCUAUCUGGAACCGCUUGAUCCCCGGAUUGCUUUCGAACCGGGACAACCGUUCACUCUGACCACCAUUCCUACGUCGAAUAAUCCGCACGGGGGAACAACCACCAUUCUCGGACCGUCCUACACUGGCGCGCACAUUUUGGGUCAUCCCGUUCAACUCCAACCCGGCCAACAUGGCACUCACAUAGCUUUCACCACCAGUCUACCGGGUCAACCGUCCCAGUUGCUGGCCCCGAACACGGCCAUGUUCUCUCCGAACACGACCGUUACAAGUAGCAAUCCCGGUCAAGGCACCGUCUAUGCCAACCAGUCUCAUGCCACGGUCAUUUUCCCGCCACCUUCCUCGGCG